ACACCCAGCCCUCCAGCUCGCCCGUGCAUCGAAGCUAGCGGAUCCCAGCCAGUGGCGCGCAGAGAGCGCCAAAGCCUCCCCUCCACCCCAACUCUGCGCAGCGCUCUGCAGGGAGAAAAUGAGUCAAGGCGGUCCUCGGUGGCGGCGACAGCAGCAGCAGCAAGCCGAGCCGAGAAGGCGGAGAGAGCCAGGCCCGGAGGGAGGAGUCUGCUACAACGCCAUUGAUCCGAAGCGGGCAGCCAGAGCCGCACGGCAACUCCGGGUCCUGGAGCCCUCCCGCUACAGGCCGGCGUUUUCUUGAACCGGAGCUUUCCGGACGGGAUCCUCUCCAAUCCGCGCCUCUCUUUGGAAACCGAGAAGUUCCUGUGACUUCACCAGGCAUAUAAUCACGGUUGCAGCUUGAAAACUGAAGUUUCUUCUCAUGCGAUGACCCAGCAGCCGCAGAAUGAAUUUGACAGCAGUGUGGAGAAGGCGGUAGAAUGGAUGAAGGCCAUCGAGGAGAGACUUCGGAUCAAUGACAACACCAAGGGGCCUCGGUCUGCCCUGAAGGCCAGGCUGAGGGAGACGGAGAAAAUUUGUGCGUUAGAACCCGAAGGCCGAUUGAAGAUGGACUUGGUUCUAAUGAAGGCUGAUGCUCUCCUUCAGUGCAUCGGUGAGGGAAAAAAGCCUGAGAUAUUAUCCAAACUGAAGGAUGUUAAAGCCAUGUGGGAAGAAACAGCCAUUUACAUUACUCAUUGUCACAGCCGUAUUGAAUGGGUGUGGCUGCACUGGAGUGAAUACUUGAAGGCCCAAGAUGAAUUCUACAUCUGGAUUCACAACAUGAAGGUGAUCUUGGAGCCCGACAUUGAGCUACAGCUCGGCUUAAAAGAGAAGCAAUGGCAGCUCAGCCAUGCCCAGGUCCUGCUCAAUGACGUGUUAAACCAGUCAGGGCUGCUGGAACGGCUACUGGAGGAAGCCUCCUCCCUGUAUAACAGGAUUGGAGACCCGAGCGUAGAUGAGGACGUCCAGAAAAAGAUGAAGGAAGAAUAUGAAGAUGUCAAGAAAGAAGCACAGAGAAGAGUGGGGCUGCUUGAAAAGAUAACCAAAGAACACGAGCGGUACAAGAGCAGUGUCGACCAGUUCCGGCAGUGGCUGACCCAGGUGACCGAGAGAUUAAACUGCUGCCUUGGCCAAGAAGCAAAACUGCCAGCAGAAAGUAGAAUUAAGUCAUUGCAGGACAUAGCCAAAGAUGUGAAGAGCGGCGAAAAGAAACUGAGACACCUGGAAGCUCAGUCUGCGGAGGUGAUGCAAAACACCUCCCCGCUGGGGGCAGAAAAGAUGAGCAGCGAACUGGAGGAAUUGAAGACAGCCCUGGAGAAGCUGAAGGUGGCGAGCGCUGAGGAAGAGGAGAGGUUGCUGAAGAGCCUGAAGUCGGAAAAUGCCUAUCACUCGCAAGCCAGGCUGCUGGAGGCGGAGGUGCAGGAGUUCCGUAAGAACCUGCAACGGCUAGGAAGCAACUUGGAACCAAGGGACAGAGCAAGAAGCGAAGACGACUUAAUCGCUCUGUGGAGAAAAUACAUGGCAACAAGGGCAGCUCUUACGGCAGAGGAAUCAAAGGUUGAGAGACUGAAGACUCAACUUAAGGAGUUGUUCAGGUUUUCACAAGACAUUCAGCCACUUUCUGAGAGUGUGAUACGGGCAAUACGGGAAUAUCAAAGCCUGAAAGGGAAGACAUUUAAAAUGAGCACUGAGACCGAAACCGAACUGAGGCAGCGCUUCCAGACCCCCCUGAGGGAGUUCCAGCUGUGGAAACCGUCGGCUCAAAGGCUUCUGGACACCACGGCAAAUAUUUCCGACCCUUCCUUGACAGACGCGUUCUUGCUUCAGAUUGAGGCAUUUUUGGCUGAAAGCUGCCGCUUUAAGGAACAGCUCCUGAUGUUACAGUUGAAAAAAGAUUUCCUGAGUAGUAUUUUUGAGGAGGAGAGAGCAAAGUCACUCGUGGCUGAGGCAGCUGAUGCCGCAAAGGAAACGGAACACCUGUACAAAGGUCUCCUUCAGAGGAAAAGCAGGUUGCAGGCUUUGGUAUCGCAGCAUCAAGACUUCGAUGCGGUCUUCGUGCCUUUGCAGAAGAAAUUGUCUGCCAUCAGGGCCAAGCUGGAUGCUGAGAGGAAACCGUUGUCCAAUCUAGUGGGUAAAGAAGCCCGGCUGCAGAGGCUACAGAUCAUCCACGGAGACAUGGCAGAGUGUGCUGUUCAAAUGGAAGAACUGGAGAAACUGGUGCAGUCCGACCCAGCACAGAUGCAUCAAAUCAAGCAGCUUUCUUCUGACUAUCAAAUCCUGAAGAGGUCUCUGGAGGUCAUGACAGCACAGAGUAAGCAGCAUGUUCAAGAACACUGGACAUUUAAUGACAAAUUGUCAGAUCUCCAGCAGUGGCUUAUGGUGACCAAGCAGGAGCUGGAAUCCUAUUGGGAUGCCAAAGGGGGAUGGAACACGAACAACAGGGCUCUGGACUUGGAGAGACUGCAAUCCGAGUAUCAAGACAGAGAGAUCCAAUUACACCUCAUUGAAGCCCAUGGGCAGUUGGUUGCAGAAAACUCUUCUUCAGAGGGGGCUGGGAAUAUCCAGACUGAAGUGAAGAAGCUGAAGGAAUCUUUCAUGUCUCUUAAAGGUGUGAUGUCGAGUCUCCUCCAGAAAAUCCAUCCAAACAGGACGUCAACAGAUGCAGGCAAAAGAAUAACCCUUUCGGGCAACAUACCAGCACGGGGAUUUGUCAUUCACUCUAUAGAAGAUCUAAACCACUCCUGGAAGAACACGGACCAAGGCGAAGAUACUAGUGAUCUCCAGCUCAUCCAGAACUUUGAACAGUGGUUGCAAGGAGAAAAUGCCAAGCUGUCAAAUAUUCUUGCCAUGAAGUUAUCCAGUAGUGAAGGACUUGAAGCAAGGAACAGCAGUCUAAAGGAGCUUCAAUCUCGUGUUCCUGAGGGUCAGCAUCAUUUUGAGGAUCUCUUGCGUCUUCAGCCAAUUGUCAAGAACCCUGAGGAACUGGAGGAGUUGCGUUACCGAUGGAUGCUCUACAAAUCUAAACUGAACGACUCCAGCAGCUCACUGAUGACAAGUUCUUUGGAAGAGCCCACGGCAUUCAGAAAGGGACGCCCCGCAGGAGCGUGUUCUUUCCUGCGUCGUGUGUGCUGCGCAGCUUUGCCCCUCCAGCUGCUCCUCCUGCUGCUGCUGCUCCUGGCCUUUCUGCUGCCCCUAGUCGAGGAGACCCACAGCUGCAAGCUCGCCAACAAUUUUGCACACUCCUUCAACCUGAUGCUGACAUACAAGCGCCCGCCGCCAACUUAAGUCUUCCACCCAGGCAGGUGCACUGAGGUGACACAUUAAGUUCUCCGAACAGCUUUUCCCUGGAAUGUCCCAUCUUCUGCAGGCUCUCCUGGAAUCCAGGACAACCAGUAAGGGACCCAUGUAAACUGGAAACUUGGUCAACUGGCCUACAUUGUCCAUUGUACGCUCAGGCUAUAGAAAUGAAGUAUUCAUAUUUAGAGCUAAAAUUAUAUUUUUAAAUAUAUGGCUAUAUUUAUACUGUAUAUAUGUAUUUUAUAUUUUGUCUCGCGGAAGGGUGUCCUGAAGUCAGUGUUUUCAACUUAAUCCUGACAAUUUUAUUUGUUUCAUUGUUGAAUAACAGUUUCCACUAACUCCUUGUUAAGCACAAAAAUUAAAGUAAGGGCAUCACUAGCUAGGAUGGCCGACAUGAAGAUACCAUGAAAAAUGGCAGCCAUGUGACAAGUUCCCCUUCCUCUACUCAUAAAUGUGUGAUUAUGAAAACUAUGGUUUUCACCUUAUUGAAGAAAUCUUAGUUGAUUCAUUGUAUUACCUGAUUUAUGCAAUUUGCAUAUGUUUGCAUAUGAGUAAAAACUAGACUUCCUAAACUAAACUCCUACUUCCUUUGUUUUUAGAGUAGGACAGUCUAGGCACCCAACCCCUGUUUUAGAGGUUGCACAUGUGUGUUGGUGCAGGCAUUAUCUUACCUCUCAUGUGUGAGAAAACAGGGAAUGCGUCUUUUAAGAUGGUGCUUGCUCUCUAAUUUUUAUAAAGACCAACAUUAAAAAUCAUUUUUUUAAACUGCUGCCUGGUAUUUUAAUUGAUUAAACUUUUUAAUAAAUUAAUCUAACUGAUUAGUACAUGAAACACUACAGCCCUACUGAAAACAUGCUCCAUAUUAUUAGCUAUUGCAGGACGGUGAGAUCAUAUGAUAUCAUGUUUUCAUAAUUUCAUGUUAUAGGCACAGAAGAGGGGAACUCAACACGGGAUUGCCAUUUUUGGUGGCAACCAUGAGUUUCUCAUCAUGACCAUUUCCACCCAAAAUCUUGGAAAUCUUGUAAUCUGGAACAUCUUAAAGAAUGUAGAAAUAAAUGGGAUAGAAUCGUGUUUAAAUAAACUCCGCCACAAUUGGACACUGCAAAAACAAAAAGUAGGAAAGAUUCGUUUUCAGUCAAUGGCUAUUUAUUGAGGUCAAUCUCCCUGAUUAUUUUGUCUCUCCAGCAUUGUCCAACUAGGACAACCCACAAAGUUGUUGAUAGGAGCUUCAGACUAGAGGGUACAUGGGGAACCUGGAGUUAUGUGCAUUACAAAUUGGACUGGAAGGAGAACUCUCAACUGCUACCCACCCCGACUCUGUGUUUGAGUACCAGAUUUGCAAAGUCUCCAGAAAUAAUGACGUGUGUGUGUGUGUGUGUGUGUGUGUGUAAGGGAGAAGCAGAGUACCCAUUCUGUACUGGGCCCAAAACAAUUCUGCUGGCAGCCCCAACUUUAUCUAUUCCAUACUGAAUUCCUAAGUAGGCAAACUUACUUACGUCUUCUUAAUCUUUUGUUCUCCGUCACAUGCUUGGCUGAAAAUGUAAAAACACAUGGGGAGUGCACCAUGUCUGGCCCUUCAGGUCAUUAUGGACCUGCUGAAAUCUGUAGCAAUUUGUUACUUUGUCGUCAUG